GAAUUAUAAUAUAAAAAAUACUUCGAAAAUGUUUAUACAUUGUCAGAGUUGAUAUGGCUUACUUAUCCAAAAUCGUAGAACUGAAUCGGGGUGGUGUUCAUCAACUAAAAGUGGUAAAAGUAAUUUAUACCUAAGAAAUUACAUGUGGAAUAAGUGUGCAUUUUUCCAUAUUGAUAUUGACGUGUACCACCUUUCGCAAAUCUGCACUUACGUGGACGUAUCAACAGAGCUGCUUAUAUAAAUCACAGUUUCACACCCAACAUUCAUUUAGUCUAAUCAGCUCAACUAUAAAAUUGGAGACAACCCUCUUCCGUUGAAGUGACAGACUGAUUGAUUGAUUGAUUAAAAUUCCGAUAUGGCCAGCGUAGGAGUUGUGGAAGGACUGAAGCUGGAGCAGCGCCACGGCAAGGACAGAGUUAGAGUAGGCCGGGUUUGGAGAGAUCCCGACGGAACCCAUCAUUUCGUCGAAUGGACCGUCUCCAUCGCCUUAUUCUCCGACUGCCUCCCUGCUUAUGUUACCGGAGACAAUUCCAACAUCGUCGCCACCGAUACCAUGAAAAACACUGUGUAUGCUAAAGCGAAGGAAUCUACCGAGAGGAUUCCGGUGGAGUUGUUCGCCAUUAAUCUUGCCAAGCAUUUCACUACUUUUUAUGAACCGGUUACUGCUGCAUUUGUCAAUAUUGUUGAAAAGCAGUGGGAGCGAGUCUAUGUAGACGGUCAGCCUCAUAGACACGGUUUUAAGCUUGGAUCUGAGGAGCAUACGGCUGAAGUUCAACUGAAGAAAUCUGGUGCCUUGCAAGUGAGCUCUGGAAUUAGAAAACUGAGAUUGUUAAAGACAACCCAAUCAGGUUUUGAAGGAUUCAUAAGGGACAAGUAUACUAUUUUGCCUGAAACACGAGAGAGAUUGUUGGGAACUGAAGUCACUGCUUCGUGGAGAUAUGUCUUUGAAUCUCUUCAAAGUAUCCCAAAGCAGCCACUCUACUUCUUAAAUAGAAACGCGGAUGUGAAAAAGGUCUUGAUUGACACUUUCUUCGGCCCUGAAAAAGGCGUCUAUAGCCCAUCUGUACAGUACACACUUUAUGAGAUGGCAAAGAUGGUUCUUGGAAGGUUCUCACUGUCCCUGCACAUUCAUGUUCAUUUUUGUUUCUCUUUGGGUUAUAUUCCGUGGCUUGGGAGCUAAUGCCUCAUGAUAUCCAUGAUCAGGUUUCAUGAAGUAUCAUCAGUGACCUUAAAGAUGCCAAAUAUUCAUUUUUUGCCAGUUAACUUGUCAAGCAAAGACAACCCAGCCAUCGUUAAGGUAUGAUUUGUUACCUUCUAUGCUGAUUGGGAGAGCCCUUGGUCACUCCUAAUUGAGUUGGAGAUAAGUUUAGUACUCAGAUGAUCUCACCAGGCACUAAAAUUUCACUUCAUUGUGCCACUCUGUACUUCUGUAAAGUCUAGUGAUUAAGUUCUUCUGUUUCCAUUAACUUUUUAUUACUGUGGUGAGAGAGUUUUGAAGCUUGCCUUACAAUUGAAGUUCUUAAGAUCAACUACAGGAACUGGGCCCUGUUCUCCUUUCCAUUAUAUUCUGAGCAUGUUCCUGAUAGGGUUGAUUGCAACUCAUGAAACACUCACUGGUGUUCUGUUAAAUUCGAUGAAACAUCUUACAUUAUUAACCAUUGAAUAAAAGAUAUGGCUCAUCUAUUCUUGUAACAAUAUGUUUGACUGCUUACUUGAGAACAACUGAUUCAGAAAGUUAAAAUUUUGUCCCAGGUCUAAGUACAGUGACGUCAUGCAUCUUCAAGUCUUUAAAGUGAAUCUCUUUGAAAUUCUGAGAUACAGGGAGUUUGCUGCUACUGUUGUUUCGUUUAUGUUAAUUUGCAUUGAAAUUCAGUGCUGGUCCUUUGCAGUUUGAAGAUGAUGUAUAUCUACCAACUGAUGAACCACAUGGAGCGAUUGAAGCAAGUUUGAGCCGCAUCCAAUCCAAGCUGUGAAUACUGAUGCAAAGUGAUUUCACUUGUGAAGUCAAGACUUGUCUCAGGGAAAAAUCCUGCCUUGAGCUGCUGGUUUCUUUUAACGUCAAGCAAUGUGGGAAGGGAUCCUAAACAAGGAUCAGUAAAGGGUGUUGGACUUUUGGACUUGGUACCAGAUCAAAAGAAACUGAAAAUAAGCUUAACUAUUCACUUCUGUAAAUUUUCAUGUGAAUGUUUGAUUGGGUUGUGGAUCAAACUGUAACAUAUGUACAUCUUCAGACUUCAAUAAUUAAGUUCUGUAACAUAUGGUAGUUGCUUGGAAUUAAUUUUUGGACAGACAGAUUUUUAUUGAAUUUUUUUGUUUUUAUUUUUUAUUUUUUGAAGCAAAGUAGCAAAACACAAACUUUGUUUGUUAGGUUUGUUUAAUAGUAUUUUUAAAAUAUUUAAAUAAUAACUAUCUUAUCCCAG